AGAAAGUAGAAAGCUGCUAUGGCGAGUCCUACAGGCACCGCCGUGAGACCGCCCAGGCCAAAGAAAGAGCCGCCGACGCUCGUCAUCCCCAAGAAUGCGGCCGAGGAGCAGAAGCUCAAGCUGGAGCGGCUCAUGAAGAAUCCGGACAAAGCAGUUCCAAUUCCAGAGAAGAUGAACGAGUGGGCUCCUAGGCCUCCUCCAGAGUUUGUCCGCGAUGUCAUGGGUUCCAGUGCCGGGGCUGGCAGUGGAGAGUUCCACGUUUAUAGGCACCUACGGUGGAGAGAGUACCAGCGGCAGGACUACAUGGAUGCCAUGGCUGAGAAGCAAAAACUGGAUGCAGAGUUUCAGAAGAGACUGGAAAAGAAUAAGAUUGCCGCUGAGGAGCAGACCGCAAAGCGCCGGAAAAAGCACCAGAAGUUAAAAGAGAAGAAGUUAAUGGCAAAGAAGAUGAAGCGUGAGCAGAAGAACCAGAAGGAAGAACCCAAUCAGUGCCAAGAACAGCUUGCCAGCAGCUCUGAGGAAGCAUCUGGGACAGAGGAGGAGGGAGAGGAACCCAGCGUCAUCAUGGGGCGAUGAGGACGUGAGCCCAGCUCAUUCUCUGACCAGCCUCAGAAAGGAGAGAGGUUGUGGCCCAUCUGCCAGACUGGCUGUGUUGGGAGAAGGCAGGAGCCUCCUGCACUGCUGCUUGCCUAGGGAGCAGAGGAACCAUCCCCUAGACAUGUGAAGAUUGCCUGCUGCGUCCCGCCCUGCUCUUGCUGAAGGGGAGUGCCUCACCUUCCCCCUGGUGCCUGUUUCUUUCUGCUUAAACAGUGAUGAGCUCUGGGCUGGUUUCUGUGAAGGGAAUAUUUAUUUAGUAAAGAGCAGAACACCUGUAGGUUUUUUUGUCCACGUGUUCGAGAUGUUAAUUACCAGAGCCUCAGAGAAACUGAAGUGACGCAGAGACUGGACCUUGGGAUUUGGUGGGUCCUCUUUUGCAGGCUCCCUUCCACACCUACCCUUUGGGUGCCCAGCCCUGUCCCUAAUGGAACAGCAGACUUCAGCACUGAAGAACUGUGCCUGCCCAGCAGCUCCCAGAAUGUGUAUGAGCUGACCAGGGCUCUCAGUAGGAGGCUGGGCAGGAGAGAGGCUCCAGGAAGACAACAGGUGAUGAAAGAAAGCAGGGGGGUGACCAGAGACAUGGGAGACAGGACAGGUACUGGCCAAAGCCUUCCUCCCACCCCAAGUCAGGAGAUCUAAACCCAGAGGGACUGGAGAGGGGAGCUCUUCGGGAUGGAAACCCUCCUGUCAGUCCUCCCACUGAGUGUCCUUGAGUGGCUGUGUGUACAGGUCCAGAAUGCAACCAACACCGUGUCAGGGAGGGGGGAGGUGACCCAGGACCGCCUUGGUCCUCAGCCAUUAAUUAUCAGGCCAGUGGGGUGACGGGCAGUUUCUAGUAGAGCGUGGCUCUGUGUCUGGAGUGUCUCCAGUUCCCCAGUGUGCCUUCUGUGGAUGUUAGUAGCAUGUUGAGUGAAAGGGAAACUAAGAAUGUCUUCUACUUUUUUUUU